GGGGGAAAAAGGGGGGGGGGAAGGGAAGCGGUCGAUUGUGCCCUUUUCCGUCAUGAUCGUCGGUUUAGCUUCCGGCUUGAGGGUGGGGGUCUGGAAGUGUCCCUAUGGCAACUGUGCGCCUUUCCACUAAUCUCCCAGGCCAGACGCGCUUCCCUCGAGAGCCCCUUUCUGUGCGCUCGCGCUCUGCUUUCCUCCCGUCCCGCUUAUGAAGGUCUGAAAGGGACUGAAAGGGACAAGAACGGUCGAGUGAUCGGCGAGCGCGGGAGUUUCCUCAGUGCUAACCUCUCCUGCCCUGGGAGGCAGGCCUGGCGGAGCUUGACGAUUCUUGAAGAUUUGCUUGAGUCAGUUAUGUAAGGAGCAUAAUAAUGGAUGAAACUACUGACUGCAUGAAGAUGGAUGCUGGGGACUAUAUGCAAACUAAUCAUACUUCUGUGUUCAAGACUUUUCCUGAGCAACAGAAUGUUAUUUCCGGCAACCAGCAUCCACUGUCUGACAACAAGUUUUUAUCAAACAAGUUUAACAGCUUGGCGGGACCUUCCACUUGUUUAACGGGAAAUACUUCUUGUAGUUUCAAUUACUAUCCAGAAUCCCCAAGCUUUGAGAGCUGCCCAGCAACUGGAGUAAAAAGAACAUUUAGAAUAAAUGCCAAUGGUCAGUUGAAGACUUGCAACUCCCCUUUUGGCUCUGUUUCACAGAAGGCCAGAGUAUAUUUUGAAACACGCAAAAAUCCAAGUAUGACUGCAAAUUCCUUUGUAGGAAAAUCAAGCCACCAUAGUCAAGUUUCUGCCUACGAAAAAUCCUUUCCAAUUAAGUCCGUUGCUAAUCCAUCAUGUCGUCGGAGCUUACUGAGUCCCAAGAAGUCUCAAAGAAGAUUCAUCAGCACUGCAGAAGAGACAGUUCGGGAAGAAGAGAAAGAAAUAUACAGGCAGCUGAUUCAAAUGGUUACAGGGAAAAAUCUGUCAACCUUUUCAUUAUUGUCUCAUAACCUGACCAAGUGUGGAGGUUCCAAUAAAAAAGCUAUGAAAGAAACUGAAAACAAAUGUAUGAAACCUUUUGAUAUUUGUGGCCCCUCUCUGGGCAAUCCGUCAUCAAGUUUUCUUAGGAUACAAGAGCACCAUUCUCACAAACCACUGCCGCAACCAGUUUGUAAUUUUACUUCCCAUGUUAACUUUGAUCCCAAGACCAGUACACCCAUACAACAAACAAAUCUACCAGCAUUGGAUGUGCAGACUGAAGGAUGUGAUUCAAUGCUAAAUGGCAAAGACUUCAGAUCUCCAGCUCCAAGUACACCUUUCUUUGAGGCUGAAUUGUGGAUAAAAGAAUUAGCCAGUGUAUAUGACUCCCGAGCCCGUGAGAGAUUGCGACAUAUAGAGGAGCAGAAAGCCUUGGCAUUGCAGUUUCAGAAUCAGAGACUGAGACUGCAGAAAGAGAUCUCAGUACCCGAGUCAAUAAACUUACAUCUUCGAGUUCCUCUUGAAAAGGAAAUUCCUGUCAUUGUUCCAGAAGAUAAUAAGACAGUGGAUAGCGAAGAUGAAUUUCCUGGAAUUACAGAGGAAAUGGAGAAAGAAAUAAAAAAUGUGUUACGAAGUGGAAACCAGGAUGAAGUGUUGAGUGAAGCCUUCCGAUUAACCAUCACUCGGAAAGACAUUCAGACCCUUAAGCAUCUCAACUGGCUCAAUGAUGAGAUUAUUAAUUUUUACAUGAAUAUGUUGAUGGAGAGGAGUAAACAGAAAGGCUUUCCAACCGUUCAUGCAUUUAACACGUUUUUCUUCACCAAGUUAAAAACUGCUGGAUAUCAAGCUGUAAAACGUUGGACUAAAAAAGUAGAUAUAUUUUCUGUGGACAUUCUAUUGGUUCCUAUUCACCUUGGUGUCCAUUGGUGUCUAGCAGUUACUGACUUCAGGAAAAAAACCAUCACUUACUACGAUUCAAUGGGUGGAUCCAACAGUGAAGCUUGUAAGAUACUCUUGCAGUACUUAAAGCAGGAAAGCCUGGAUAAAAAGCGCAAGGAAUUUGAUACCAAUGGCUGGAUGCUCCUGUGUAAAAGAAGCCAGGAGAUCCCACAACAAAUGAAUGGCAGUGAUUGUGGGAUGUUUGCCUGUAAAUACGCUGACUGCAUUACCAAAGACAAACCAAUCAACUUUACUCAGCAACUCAUGCCUUACUUCCGGAAACGAAUGGUCUGGGAGAUCCUCCAUCGUAAGCUGCUGUGAUUUCAUGCCGAGUAAGACUCUUCAGAGACUGAAAACCCCGGGUUUCCUCUUCUUGGCCACCUCCAAGUGGGCUACAUGGGUUUCCACUGACAAGACUCUACAUUACACUUUUGGUGUCUUUAAAAAAGAAAAUACAUCUAUUUCUUGGACCAGUGUGCCCCCAUGAAGCCUUUCUGAAGCACACACUUUCUUUUGUAUUUUGAAACCCUAUUUUUUACAAGGGACAUUUGAAACUUGUAGGAAUGCGGCUUUUUAUCUUCAAGGAGAUUUCUGCCUCUCUUUUUUUUAAAAAAAUGGCCAGCUUGUGCAAAGGACUUGAGACCGUUCAGCUGUAAGGCCUUGGUGCAGGGAAGCACUUGCAAUCUUUUCUUGGAUCUAUCAGGAUUUAGAGAAGACUUGAUGUCAUAGUACUAAGUAAUUGUGGAUUCUCCGCAUUACUGUUACUGCAGCUAAUUAUUUGAUGUAAAACAUGCAGGGAUAUGUGUCUUGGGGAAUCUAUUUGGCCCAGGUUUUCCAGACGUGUGCAUGUUUAUGUGUUUCCUGCUUCUUAUAUUCUGCUGUUAAUAACAUGGGUGAUUCCUACAGCAUUUGUAGCAACUUAGAUUCCCUUUUAUUCUUCAACUAUUAAAGAGAAAUGGAAUUCUUUGGGAAUGAAAGGUGAAUAGACACACCAGCACAUGAAAAGUAACCACUUGCUCUGUUUUCCACCGUGGCGGGUAAUCUUUUUGAUUCUACAGUAGGGCCGCCCAGGGGAAAAUUAACAAUCCUUUAUUUUAACAUUGUUUAUCUUGUCACAAUAAAUGAGUCAUCUCCUGAUUAUUGAAAGUUUAUGAGGAUUAUGAGCUAUCCUCUGGUAUUCAGAACAAGCCAUUUAUCCUAAAGACAGGCAAGGAUUUGUGGGCAGAGGCAUUCUGCACCAAAAGUCCUUAUUCUUCACUGCCCCUUCCCCAAGCCUGCUGUGGUGGGUUUUGACCUGAGAAAGAAAAACCAGACACCUUUGUGGCCUGCAUCACUGCAUUCA